UAGCGAAAAUGGCUUCUCGGACUCACGACGACGCCGCAUCCCUCGCCCCCUUCACUGCUGGUCUCCGAAGCGAUCAUGGCGAAGUUCUCGUUCGAGGAGGGAGGAGAGGGGAGCGGCGUGAGGAAGCGGAGGAGGAUCGUCGCGGCGGGGGAGAUCGAUCCCACCCGUGCGGAGAAGCGAUUUGAGGAGUCGGAGGUGGAGGACGACGAAGGAGAGGAGGCGAUCGAAGAGGAAGAGGAAGAGGAAGAGGAAGAAGAAGGAGCGAUUGCUACGGAGAAUGGCGAUGGGAUUAGGGUUAGGGUUGAUCCCGACCUUUUGGAUUGCUCCAUUUGCUUUGAGCCCUUGCGACCUCCUCUUUACCAGUGCCAAAACGGUCAUGUGGCGUGUUCUUCAUGCUGGUCCCAGCUCUGCAACAAAUGCCACAUCUGCUCUCGUGAAGUGAGCCGCAGCCGGAACGUCUUCCUCGAAAAGAUCAUCGAGUCGAUCAAAGUCUCGUGCUCGUACGCCAAAUGGGGGUGCCCCGAAAAUAUAAGUUACCCAAAAAGGCCCGCCCAUGAAGAGAAAUGUAUCUUCGCCCCGUCCGAGUGCCCCUUUCCCGGUUGUUCAUACAAGGGCUUCAAUCGGUGCUGGUCGGGCCACUUCGUCUCUAGUCACAAAUUGUUUCCCAAGAAGUUUAAAUACGACCACUUGUUCAAGAUGAGUUUACCGACUACCGAGCAAUUUGUAUAUCUUUUAGGACCCGACAGCCAACUCUUCCUCUUACUUAACAAAAAUGUUGAGCCCACCGGUUAUGCUCUUUCCAUAGUUUGCAUUCGUGGUGGCGUUAUGAAGUGUAAGUUCUCUUACGAACUCGCUGUAACUGCAAGCAAUGGAAGCUCUUUACAGUUGAAGGCCUCUGUAAUGGAUAUUAGGGAGUGGAACGGAAUUUACCCGACCGAUGCGUUCCUUUUGGUUCCGUCGGAGUUCGCUCCCUCCGCAAGCGAAAUCGAAGUCGAAGUCUCUGUUUGCAAACUGUAAUCUUCUGUUGCAAAGUGUAAAGAAUAGGUUGCUUUGUAUAUUAUAUGUGAGAAAGUGCUUCUCUCUGCUGGAGAUAAGAUGCAAAUUUUGUUUUGUUUGUUGUGAUCAGUUCAAUGUCUUGUAAAAUGAGAAGGUUUGGGAUUACUAAUUUAAUGAAAAUAUAUUUGUCAUGUUUCAUGUUUAAAA